AUGGAUUUAGGGGAUGGACUCCCUAUUUCUGCUGAGCCAGGACUGACUCAUGACAUCCUUGUAUGCAUGUCGUUCCGGCCAAAAACCUGCAAUCAAGUGACUGGAAGAUGCAAGGGAGGCGGUUUGGAGUCGGCUCCAACAAAUGAGCUCCAUUUGUCCACUCUGGGAGGACAAACAAAAGAGUCUUCUGAUUCCGAAGAAAAGCGCCAGGAAGGACAGGUUGCCGGAGUCAUCUAUGCUACCAAAAUGGAAAAGGACUACGAUGUACGACGUCCUCGGACUGAUCGAGAGGAGGCGACGCCACCCACUGAACGCCGUUAUGACACUGGAGAAGAACUGUUCUUAUUAAUAUGCGACAGUAGAGGAGUUGGUGGAGUUGGCGUCGUCGUCAGGGCGAGUAUGGCCAAGAACAUGGACGAACAACUUACGACCAGAAUCGGACUUCCAACAUCAAGCUACGAAGAAGAGGAAGUCGAAGCUUUCUACGGACCUGGAGAAGUUUCACGGAGAAGAUCAUAUCUUGUACAAGUGAACAAAAAGAAGGCUCUCGAGUUCAUCAUUACGAUUGAGACCAUCCAUGGGAAUCCGCAAUUCCAGAAGCCCUCCUCUCAACGCUGGGUGUGGGAGUCACACGGUGGAGGGUACCGUAAUGGAUCUGACCACGUCAUCGUCAGUAAAAGGUUUUGCCUGACGGAUGUCGUUGUUGUGCCAAAGUUCCAUACGGGAUCGGACUAUCCUUUUUUCAAGAAAAAUGUUUUUUCACACAGAGAGGAGAUAACGCAGCGAAUCAUCGACUGGGAGCUUCUCAAUUCGUUUGUCGGCUUCCGGGAAGAUACCGUCAUGGACAACAUCGACGAGGAAUGUGAACGGCUUGUAGAACAUGUUCACGACUGUACGAAGAAAGCAAAGAAUUUUUGA